CGGUAGAAGCGCACAGCUGAGAGGAAACACAUGCGGCUCAAACUCCGGUAUUAGUCAUGGUGGUGAAAAAGAAGACGCCCAAAGUUGAGGCUGUUGUGUUAGAUGGAGACCAGCUUUCAAAAUUAAUAGCGUCCUUGUCCAUUGAUGGAGGAGAAGAGGAUGGGGUUCAAAAUGUUGCUAAGACUCUUCAGUCCUGUUUGCAGCUAACAGACCCAGUGCAGCAAAUCCAGCUGGUUAAAAAGGCAGGUGCACAGUUGGAGGCACUCACAGAGGAACAACCUGAUGGACCUCUGCUCGGAGCUUGUCUCCACACGCUGGCUCUAGUUUACACUUCACUGCAGCCCAAAAACCCCUUAAGACGUGCAAUCGCAAGCGCCUUAGGUUCAGUCCCGGCCUGGUCAGUGGAUUGUGCAGUAGAGUCUUUAUCAUCCUGCCUUUCUGACUGUCUGUCCAAUCCUGUUUCAGACAAGUUCAGUCAUAAUGUAGAUCUCAUUGCUGCGUGUCUCGAUGGCUUCCAAAUUGGUGAAAAGUGUAUUAACAAGAUAUUACCCGAAGUGUUGCAGUUUCUUCAUACAGGCCUGAGUAAAUGCCUCCACAAAAACAGUGAUCUAGCAGGACGGCACAUUGCUCAGGCUCAGCUCAUGCACUCCUGUCUGUCUGCUGUGAAGACCUCCAUGCUGGUGGUGCAGAAAUCCCAGGACACCAUCACUGCUUUGUUACAGAGCGUGAAUGAAAAGAGCCGUUUUGAGGACACUUUGAGCAGCCUGUUGGAAUGCUACACGCAAAUUCUGACUGAUGUUGAGUUUGUUCAGUCUGUCCAGAGCACUGCAGGGAUGGCAGUGGUUCUGUUGAUCAGGUCCAUCAUGGGAUCUGGAGAUGAAGUUGCAUCAGUGGUCUACAGUUUAUUGCGUGGUUCAUCUGAGGGAUUGGACUUCGCUCCUCAGUGGUUAAGACACAGAUGUGAGGGUGUUUUGACGAGUGGGCGACCUCCUGGAGUCUCUCUGUACUUGUGUCAUGGGGCUCUGGCCAUGUUGAGCUGGAAGGGCGCCCUCCCUGGGCCACAGUGGGAACAAUUACUACUGUUGGUUCCACAAACUCUGUUGGAGUUAGACGUCAGUGUGAAACAGUCCAGCACAUCGAUGGUGGUGGCUCGGGUCUUGACCCUCUGGAGUGGAGCAGCUCUGGACUGUCUUCAGGGAACACAGCCCUGUCCUGAGGCUCUGCAGAGUCUGAGAGGAGGAUCUGAGCUGCAACAACGCCUCCUAGAGCACAUCUACUCUCACUGGGAGCACCCUCUGGAUGGAGUGAGGCACCAAACCCGCUCUCUGUUUAAAAACCUGCUGGUCCUGCACCGGCUCACUGACCCCUCAGACUCUAAGCAGGACCCCAGGACUGACCCUUAUAUCACCUCCCUCACUCAGAGUCUUCUGGGGCUGGAGUGGCACAUGAGGGGUAAGUACGGCUCGCUCAGCUGCCUGGUGGAGCUCUAUGGCGCAGGAUUCAUCCUGGAGAUGCAGCCCCAGCUCCCCUCCUCUCUCCUGGGCCUCAUGGGUGACCAGACACUGGCUCCUUAUGCCAGUGACCUGCUGGAGCGGCUGUUUGUGAGCCACAAAGCUCAGCUGUGUAGUCAGGCUGUGAAGGGCACACAGAGGCCUGUCAUGCACCAGUGGCAUGUGACCUGGGUCACCCCUCUGCUGCAGGUACUGUGCAGCGCCCGACUGGACCAGACCACCUACAUCCUGGACUAUUUCCUCCCCAAACUGCUCCGCUGCAGCCCCUCCAGUCUGUCCCACAUGGUGCAAGCCUUACAGGACAUGCCCACAGGCAGCUCAGGUCCAACAGGCAGCAGGGGGGCUUUAGGGGCUCUCAUGACCUGCCUGAGAGCAGCCAGAGCUCAGGGGGUCGUCCCGUCCUCGGAGGAGGGUCUUUGGGGAGGAUUGGUCCCUCUGUCUCUGCUCCGACAAGCUCUCGUGCACAAACAUGAUCAAGUGAGGAUGGAUGCGCUGGGUUUGGUUUGUGAGUCCCACCGCAGCACAGAGACUCUGACCUCACAGGAACUUUCGCUCAUUCAAUAUUUUCUGCCCCCAAAUCUGAACAGCCAAAACCCAGGUGUCAGGCAGCAGACUGUUAGCCUCUUCAAAAAGCUGCUGUGUCGGGUGAAAGACAGUGCUCAAUUUCUCCAAAAGAAAAUUGGACAAGAAAAAAACCUGGAGCAGAAAAACCAAGACCAGGAAACACUAAAAUCUUACAAGGAGUUUCUGCGCUGGAUGUGUGUGGUGCUUCUUGACAUGUUGCUGCCCGGAGCGUCGUUCUCUAAAUGCAUCAUGUCCCUUCAUCUGCUCUGUCUGUUGGGACAGAUUUUCACCUUCAACACUGAUCCCGACAUCUUUGCUCUGGGUGAGGUGGUGACUUCAGAUCAUGCUCAGUAUGUCCUCUACUGCAUCGCCAGUAACUUUCUUGAAGUCAAACAGCUUGCGUCAACAUUACUGCGCCAACUCCCCUCAGUGACAGUGGGACUGAAGGCUGCAGAUCGGAUGGCAGAUGUCCUUCAGGCUGCUCUGGACCUCAGCACCAGCACUAAGCCCUUUGACAGUGUGACAGCUGCUCACCUCCUGAACCUCCUGAUCCAUGAGCCAGACCUGACCCAGGCUCUGAAGCUCUGUGCCCAGGAACAGGUCCCUGAGUUUCAGCCUCCUCCAGCCCCACCUCCAGACGCUUCCCAUGAACUUAUAUUAGAGAUCAACACUUUGGCAGUGAUCCGGUUCUUACUCCAUUGUCUUCAGUCGGAGGUGAUCAGAGCAGAGUCGUCUCUUCUUCAGGCUGCAGCUUCAUUUCCUCUGUACGGACGCUGCCACUGUAUCACAGCAGUGCUCCAGCAGCUAAACACUGAGAGUCUGUCUGAGGCUGAGCAGUGGCGAGCCCUUGUUUCAGAGCUGAUCACCGUUUGCUACAGGACGUCUGAUGUGGUCGCUCCGGUCGUACAGAGCUCCUCCCCUGAAGGACUAAUCCCCAUGGAUACUGACUCUGAAGCUUCGGCUGGUCUGCAGAAAAUCCUUCAGGAGAUUCAACCUCGAGACACCAAUGACUUCUUCACCAGCGCCAGAGAAUUAGAGCCGGAGCAAACUGAGGAGGAAGCAAACAAUACCCACAAUGCUUCACUGGACACAGGAGAGGGCUACCGUGUGACCGCUCAGAUGGUGCUGGUGUGCUGUUGGCGCAGUAUGAAGGAGGUGUCCAUGUUGUUGGGGCAGCUGUGCCAGAGUCUGCCCCUGGACUUCACCAACCCAGAUGGAGAGAGGCACCAAGGGCUCAUCACAGAGGAACAGGUGGAGGGGGUGGGCCUGUACUUCCGUCAGCAGCUCCUCCAGUCCCGUCACCGUGGCGCCUUUGAACUGGCGUAUGUGGGUUUCGUGCGCCUCACCGACAUGCUGUGCAGAAGUGGCAGUCAGGCCCUGCAGAGGCUGCCGUCCCGCUGGCUCUCUGAGGUUCUAGAGGAGGUCAAAUCCAGUGAUCCUUCGUCCAAACUGUGUGCCACUCGACGCAGCGCUGGCAUCCCCUUCUACAUUCAGGCUCUUCUCUCCUCUGAGCCCAAAUCGUCAUCCUGCAGCCUGUUGAAGAUGACCAUGAGAGAACUGAUCGCAUUAGCCACGCCCUCUUCUGACCAAGACACAGAGCGCUCCACUGUCCCUCAGGUGCAUGCUCUGAACAUCCUUCGUGCGCUGUACAGAGACACUCGUCUGGGGGAAAACAUCAUCCCGUUUGUGUCUGAGGGGAUGCAGGCCGCGGUACUCGGCUUCACCUCUGCGGUUUGGGCUGUGAGGAACUCGUCCACUCUGCUCUUCAGUACUUUGAUCACACGGAUAUUUGGAGUCAAGAAAGGCAAAGAUGAGCACUCCAAGAAGAAUAGGAUGACUGGUCGGGAGUUCUUCACGCGUUUCCCUGCUCUGUACCCGUUCCUCUUGACUCAGCUGGAGGAGGCAGCAGCCACAGUGGAGAGUGACAGUGGUCAGGUGAAGCUCCACCCCAGCCUGUUCCUGCUGCUCCUGGUACUGAGUCGGCUCUAUCCCUCCCCCAUGGACGGCUCCUCAUCUCCUCUGGGACUGGCCCCCUUCACCCCCUUCAUCAUCAGAUGUGGGCGCUCGGCUGUGUACAGGACCAGGGAGAUGGCCGCUCGCGCCCUCGUCCCGUUCGUUUUGGUCACUCAGGUUCCGUCCACGGUCUGUGAUUUACUGAAGGAGCUUCCAGUGACGCCCGGGCCCGACAUUCAACACAACCACAUCCACGGGACACUGCUACAGGUGCUGUUCCUGCUGCGUUCCUUUCAGUCCGAUUCUCACAGACCCCUCGCAUCUGAAAACGGCAUCAGCUCAGCUCUCCGUCAGAGAAUGUGGAUCGCCUCACGACAGAACAGCUGUUUUGUGACCAGAGGAGCGUUUUUGGACGUCCUGACCUGUCUGUGUGGGCCAAAGAUCAGUCUGUUGGAAGAUUGUGAGGUGAGAGAAUUACGACAGGAAGUGCUCUCCAUCCUCUUGGCUUCGGAGCUGUUUGUCUCUGGACCCUCUUCGGUGGUCCCCGCUCCAGGCUCGACUCAGUACCUCCUGAGUCUGUCCCGGGUCGCCCUCAGCGCCAGUGUGGAGCACCCACAGCUUUGGGACGCCCCGCAAGCACAACGAUUAUUACAACACCUACUGAGCUCCACCAGCUAUGAGGUGCGUGCUUUGGCUCUGGACACCCUCCUGAAGCACCUCCAGCGGGACAGCGGCAGGGACACGGACACAGACAGGGUCGCAGAGUUGCAGGACCAGACCACCCUGAGUCACCUGACGUCCCUGGCCUUUCACGAGACACACCCCCAUUGUCUGUCCAAGGUCCUGGAGGUCCUGUGCGCGCUCUGCUCCUCUGGGCCCAUCCUCUGGCAGGACGGGGACCGGCUCAUGUCCCAGGAGGAAGUCCAGAGACGCCUGCUGUCCCUUGCCCAGACCUCAGCACACAGUGUGGAGCUCCACUGUGCUGCCCUCACUCUCCUCUCUCAGCUGGUGGCUCAGCGUGUGACCUCUGACCCUCAGGAUGGCAGUGCAGCCUCAUGUUUCUCUGAGUGGGCCGCUCUGGUGUGCUCGUGCUGCAGUGAGGAGCAGCCUGUGGAGGUCAAGAUGAUGGUGUCUAAAGUCCUGGUCCAGUGCACAGCUCCUGUCCUCACAAGCCCCCGUCUGCCUCUGGGUUUAGACACGACAUUUUCUCUGUGGAAGAGUCUGGUCACGCUGCUGCAGGAUGAGGAUCAGGAAGUGAGAGAUGCUGCUGCCGACUUCAUGUGUUUUGUUCCUGCAGAUUUGUUCAGUCCAGAUGUGUCUGGCUCUUCGGUGUGUCCGCCCCUCGCCCUGGACUCGGCUGUGGGGGUCUUGUGUCUGCUUCUCAAACAGUGGGAGCGGGUCCCAGAGGGGGUCCUGAGGCUGACAGAGUGGCUGCUGGGAAAUGAGGAGGUGAUCCAGGAAGAGGCCGAGUCAGGAGAAGAGACCAGUCUGGACGAUGAAGACUUCUUGUUCGAAAAAGGCGAACUGAACUUGUGGGCGGAGCCAGUGCAGUGGGUGAAGCUGCUGCACAGACACCUCAGCUCCUUAGUCCAGACCUUGGAUCAGUCCCGAGACCCUGGAUCUGGUCUAGACUCGUCCCGCGUCAGGACUCUGUCAGAACAGGCCCAGACCCAGAGCCAAAGUGCCCUCAAGUCCCUGUCGUCCCUCCCGUCUCUGCCCCAGUUCAUCUGCCCCAUGGAGCACGCCAGAGUCUCCCUCAGACACCGCAGGGCCCAGCUGACUUCACACGUACUACACAAGCUCAGGUAGAAAAUAAAGCUGCACUAUGUCACUUUACUGCAGGAGGGUACGCUACAUGUGUGUCUAUGAAGUUAUUGCUUUGCCAGGAAUGUUUCACAGUCUGUCUUGUGGCGUCACCUGCUUUUUUCCAUGAAGAUUUGUAAGUUUAAUUCCAUUCUGGACCAAUCUCCAGAAAGCACUAACAUCUAACAUCUCCAUAGAGACGAGAAGAGCCAGUAAAGUUACAUAGUGCAUCUUUAACAUGUACUGCAAAAUAUUUUAGGGUCAGUUAUGUUUUCAACAAUCAUGUCUCUGGAAAAGUCAGACUUAAAGGGAAAGAAACUUGAUGAUUCAUGAACAUUAGUUUUAGGUUGAAUUUGUAGACUUUUAAUACAAUGUGUUGGUUAUAUUAUUAUUAUAUAACUGCAACAAUAAAAUGAAACAACUUUUAAUAAGAUAAUACUGUAAUAUUGUUAUAUCUGAACAUGGUCUUAAAAGCAUCACCCAAAUAAAUGUUGUAUUUUAUUUUUUGUAUUA